AUGGAGCACGAUCGGGUUCGGCUAUGCAGGCCGCAACAUCUAGAACGCAGCGAAAAGUUUACGAAGGCUCUCAACGAGAUCACAGCGAUUCUCACAGAAAGUUUAGGCCAUUCUGGCGUAGCCAUCACGAUCCCUUUGAGGGUUCAUUUUGUGGAUUUAGGUGGUUCCGCUAACGAUUACGUUGAAGCACUUUUGGUCAUUAAAGAGGCUGAACGGGAGAUUGAAACGCGCUGGUCAAACUACGUUCCCAAAGAAAACGAAGCCAAUCAAGUCGUUACAUUCCGAUUUGUGCCGGAGCCGAUGGUUGUGGGCAUUCGCUAUGCUGACAUGACCUUGGAGUUGGUAAACGCAGUCGAGAACUUGGUAUUCGCUGGCGUGUGCUUCACUCAAUUUGCUGAAAAUCUAGGCAUGGAUCUGGAGGAUGCAUAUGCUUCUGUGGAAGCUACCUGA